AUGAAAAGAAAGGGGGCAGGAGGAAAGCAAAAUAGUUUGGGCCCAUUCGACUUCAACUCUAUCAACCUUUCGCCACUGGGCUUGGGGCCGGAAAAGACUGAUGCAGCGAUGAUGCACCGACUACCCGACGAAUUGCUCUGGUGCAUUGGGGAGUACAUCCGGACAGGCUGGCACGGCCAAAAUGACCUGAAUUCGUUGAUUCGCUGCUGCCGUCACUUCCAUCAGCUCUUCCAGCCACUUUUUUACGCGCAAAUUUCCCUACAUCACUUUUCGGACAGGUCGCCCGGCCUCGUCAUGCGUAUCUGCCAGGACCCCAGCCUGGCCAGACAGGUCCGUCGGCUAGACCUAGCUUGGUACGCUUGCGAGGACUGGGGGCCGGAAAGCGAUGGUCGUGAUGCGGACACCAAGGCCGCUGCUGCCGCCUUUUGCCAGGAUGCGCUGGAUGAAAUUUUUGGUCCCAAGGACGAGGAGGACGAGGAGGACGCGGAGAGCGAGGAGGAUGGCGAGAUGAGAGAGGGGAAUGACGUGAAGGAGAAGGAAGACGAUGAGUACCCGUGGUGGAGAAUCUUCGAAAACCGGUCCUAUGACGAUGAUGAGGAUGAUGAUGAGGACGAGAAGGAGGGAGAGGAAGAGGGCGAGGGAGGGGGCCAGGGGGGGGACGAGGGGGAGGAUGAGGAAGAAGAGGAAGAAGAGGAAGACGAGGAGAAGAAGAUGAGAAAAGAGUGGGAAGAGCACCUGAUAGCCAGCGCAGGAAUGUGCGAGGAAGUCUGGUACUCGCUGCUCCUCGUCCGACUCACCUGCCUCCAGACCAUUAGGUUUCACCAUUCUUCUGUAAGAGAGCCAGAGCUGAUGCGUGAUGUCCUGGUCAAGGCCGCGCGACGCCAGCGGCCGUUCCAUCAGGAGGGCCCCCACCCCUUUGCGCACCUGCAAGAGGUUCUGGCAGAGACCGGCUGCGGCAAUGAUUGGAUCGAGUCGUCCUUUUUGACGCCCUUCUUCACUUUUCCCGCCGUGCGGACGGUGACGGGCACCGACAUUGGAGAAUCGCACUGGGAUCCUGACACACUGGCGCGUGAGCUGCGUCCGGCGUCGUCUCCCGUCCGGGAGAUUGACUUUUACAGGGUUCUGUGGUGUCGUGGCCUGCAGCACUGGCUUGCCGCGUGCAAGGAGCUCGUGAGCAUUUCCAUCAUGCCCGACCUGCAUCGGGAAGAUCGCGUGUGGGACGAGGAAUAUCUGCACUUCAACAUGGCCGAGCUGCGCACUGCUCUCCUGCCCUUCACCGGGACGCUGAAGACGCUGCGCGUCCGGUAUGGGUACAACUACAACAAUGUGGUCGUUUAUGAGAGGCGUGGCCAUGAGCGCCCUUUUGGGUCGUUUCGCGACUUUGCCGCGCUGGAAGAUCUGUCCGUCCGCCACGACCAUCUGGUCAGCCUCCCCGAGGUGGAGCGGCGUUGGGCCGGCCGGCCGCCGCUGAGCGAGACGCUGCCGCGCUCCCUCGCGAGUCUGGAAAUCACUGACAUCGUGCCUGGCGUCCACCUCGAGCUGCUCUCGGAUCUUCUGUACCUUGUGCGCCGGAGCCAUCUCUUCCCCAAGCUAGAACGGCUGGUGCUUGUCACACGGGAGGACGAUGAGGAGCAAACGGGCGACGCUUUCAACGAUCUAGUGCCUGAAUGCCAGGCUGCUGGUGUCUCCAUGACGGUGAAGAAGGGCGAGUUUCUCGUCUAA